AGCCGCACACUGCCGGUGCAAGAGUCGCAACACGACGAGAGCCUGCCGAAGGAUUGCGCCAGGGUUCGCGAGCCAAUGCAAUUUUAGAUGAGAAUGAAUCGAGGGAAGCCGAACCCUGUAGCUGAACCGCGUCUCCUGGCUUCAUAAAGAAUCCCUGUUGGUCCUUCGGUGGCGGCUGUCGUUCCCACAAUUAUGUCGCCGGGGCUGCUGCGACCGAGAAGGCCCCUGGCUUGCCAGAAACUCUGCGUUACCCACCAGUUUCUUUCCCUGAGGUGUCACCAAAACCUCCUCGAGACUCUGGCUUUGGAACAUGUCUUGGAGCCACCUCCAGAUCCCGUAGGCUGUAUCUAUGACUGCUAUCUUGCCCCCUUCCCGUCCCGCCAAAGGAACAAAAGAGCUGGCGCUCUACGCAGCCUUCCUGGAUUUCUCUGCGGUGUAUGUACAGGCCGCCCGGCUGGCAAGUUACUGCAGAGCGGACGGUCUGUUGUCACUUCAUAGUUUCGUUUGCAGGAAUGCUGGAUCUAGUGGCAGACACACGGAAGACGAACUGCCACUGGGGAAGAUAGUGAGGCACACCUCGCAGUGCUGUGAAGUUGUAAGAAAGAAAACGUCGCGGGCCGCGGGAGAAACACAACGACUGCGGGGCCAGUAAUGCACUGAAGGCGCUUUCGUUCCUGGGCAUCUUAGCAAACAACUGAGGAACGGGCAUCACACAAAGCAAUGAGAGGCUCCGCUAGAAGGACCGCCCCGGAUGGCGGUGCUGGCAUUUGCUUCGAUGCAAAAAAACGACGGGAAUUCAUUGAAGGAUUUGCGAAGAGAAAGGCUCAGCGGCGUCAAGUUGCGAAGGAACAGGAAGCUCGGCGAGAGAAAGAGGAACGGCGGCACAUGAAGCGGCAGCGCCAAGAGCUCUUGAUGAAACACGUCGCUGAACUCGAAGAGGCACGCAAAAACGCUAGGCGCGCUCACGCAAGAGCUUCUCUGGCUAACCGAAAAGAAUACUCCUCAGAGUCGGUCAUUGGGCAUACCUCCGCGUCAGCAGGGAAAAAAAGGAGGGUAAAGGGUGAGGAAGAAACAUCAAAAAGAAGGCGAGGCGGUGGUGAGCAAGAGAGCGAGCCUUCGGGGCCGAGAGGCAGAAAGGUGAAUGCAUCCGCAGAGAGUGAAGCUGCAGACGCUGUCGAGUUCCAGAGCUACUCUGCGAGCGACUACGGGAGACACCACGAUCGUGAACAUGCCGGCGCCGAUUCGGAGAAGCUCUUUCAUAGUGUAGUCCAGUUUCUUCCGAGUGCCUCGCUGUCAGGGGACGCACGAAGGCUGCCUGGGGACAACGCCGGCAGUGAAAAAACCGCUUCUGCUUCGAAUUCUUCCACGACUCCAGUUGAAAAUCUGACACCGUGGCUGUUGGGAUGUACAGUGACGACCACAUUAGGAUCGUUCUUUCAGCCACGGCCGGACUGUCCUUCACUCUCGGCGACAAUCGAGUCCAAGAAAGACCAUGUGAACGCUGGCCCGUCGACUGCUUUGUCUUUUGCGGAGAAGCAGAGUCAAAUUGCCUCGAAAAACCGAGCGGGAGAAGAUCCGCGUUCCGCUCCCCAAGAAACGCAAGAUGGAAAUGUAGUGGGCGCCGCCCGAGGCACCACGGUCCGGGAAGACCGUGCCUCUGCGCGCGUGAAGCAGGCGACAGGAAGGAAGACAAAAGGCGGGAAGUCACGGAUGCGUCCGAAAAAGGGUAAAGGAAAGAGAGGCAAACAAAAGAGAGGACGGGGGCGACAGUGAAGGGAGCCCGUGAAGCAGCGGAUGCUUUUUUCUCAAGAGGGAAACGAGAAGCAGACACGAGAGAGAGCAAUUAGACGUCACUUCGCUUUCUAGCGUUAGGUGUAAGAGCUGUGGGGCCUUCACACGCAAGCAGGUCGUAGUGGAGCUUUUUGUGCGUGCGGUGGCUCAUGGCGUCCUCCCGUUCCGUGAAAGGCACAGGUUUGGACGGGACAGCUUUUCUUCGCUGAAAUAGAAGCUGUGUCUGACUCUUCUCGACAGAAAACGGCAGCGGUCAUCCAAGGUUCAGCUCUUCUCAUUUACUGCACUUCAUCUGCAUCUUCUUGUCGGACCAUAAACAUGGAAUUGAACGGUUUUUCUAGGUUUGAACUCUGCUCUCUGUAGCGAGCAGCGCCGCAUUACGGUUCUCAGACAGCGGUAUGCGUUCCUCUGUUCAUCUCCCAGGGGAAGAAGCUAA